AUGCUGAGGAACAUGGGCCCAAAAACGCUGCUGCUUGCGAACGUCGCAUCAGCAUGCAUUAUCCUGUACGCCCUGAGGAAGUAUAACCCCGAGACGACGAAUGGAAUUUUACACCAAAUUGAGGGGGUAGCCAAAUGGCUACUUAAGAAACCGCAGGUUCUACUCCAUAAAUGGCUAGGAGAGUGGAAAAAAAAAAAAUUACGACUGCCCGUAGUGAACAAAGACAUAACCAUCCAUUUAAGUGAUGACGAUUUGGAGAAAAAAUUCAUUCAGGCGUGCAACGCAGUGAAGAUGCACAGAAGUCAGUUGAAAUUUGAUCAGUGGAUCUACUUGUAUGGCUUGUACAAGCAGAUAGUCGCUGGAGACAUGAACCCAGAAGCGGGAGAUUCAGACAAGCCACUUAACGCAGCGUGCAACGGGGACAAAGGAACAGCCAAGAGGAACAAAAGGGAAGAAAACAGCUACCUAAUGGAUGCCAAAUUGAGCGCAUGGAAACAUUGCCAGGGAGUGAGUAGAAAGGUGUGCAAAUUUCUGUACGUGCAAUUUGUCGAGAAGGCUCUUCCCCAGGCGAUAAAAGGGGAGAGCUUCAAUGUGACAUUAGACUUUAAGAAGACGAUAAGCAAAAUGAAGCCGCUGGCGGAGGUGCUCACAGGAGUUCUAGAGGGGAUCGGUGAGGGCAACUCCCCCACUGGCAAGGACAACACCGAUCGUACCAGCAACUUGAGUGACCUCCUCUGCAAAAACGUAGUACAGGCAAAUCUGCAAUACAUAAAGAGUGCACUGAAAAGCAACCCCUACUUAAUAAACAAGAGAAAUUCAGAUGGACUGUGCGCCCUGCAUUAUGCAUGUGAUAGGGGGUACCUAGACAUCGUGAAGCUCUUAAUCGAGUUGGGCGCGGACAUCAACGCAGACGAUUCCUCUGGAGACACUGCCCUUCACAUUGCCGCGUAUUCAGGAAAGAAGGAUAUUAUUGACUAUUUAACCAGCGCGGGUGCUGACAUAAAUAGGAAGAACUCCGAGGGGUUGACGUUCAAUUCGAUACUUAGUCAGCAGGCGCAAUUGUAUUAG